AUGGGUCCUGGUUGCGAUUUAAAUUGUAAUACUACAUCUAUUACAUCGAAUAAUGCAAUUUGUGAAAAUGUAAAAACUGGGUAUUUUAGUCAAUGUAAAUGGACUAAUGGGGGAAAUUUGGAUGUCACCAAUUGUCAAAAUUGUCCCUUUGGUGUUAAAAAUAAUGCUUAUUGUGCUGAUGAACAGGGAGGAGUUUUAUAUGGGGAAGUUGUCUCAACUUUUUAUUAUAAUGGAUUUAUUAUUCUUUGUCUUGUUUCUGGUAUUUUGUUCGUUUUGUUGUUGUUAUUGUUAACUUGUUUGCUGUUUUCGAAAAGAAACUCCAAACAAGAUACUAACCAAAACAAAUUUAAUUCUUCAAAGAGGAGUAAUGAAUCUACCCUCCUAAAAUCAACUUUUAAUAACCGUCCAGAAUUAAUUCCAUUAAAUUCGGCAAAAGAAAAAACAAAAAAUAAUAAUAUAAAAAUAAUUCCCCCCUCAUAUAACAAAAAUGAAAUUAAUUUAAAUCCACCCCCUCCCUCCCCUUUCCCUCGAAGUAUUAAUGCAAGUACUGCAAGUAUUCCUAAUGAUAUAGUUAAUGGACAACAACAACAACGUUUUCCUGUUAUUCAAAAUGGUGGAAAAUUGAGAAAAACACUUUCGCCUCCACGUUUUCAACCUUUACCUCAUCUUGGCCCUCAAGCAGACAAUAAUAUAGUGAACAGCAAUUUUGCCAGCCGUACAGGCACGCCUAGUGUUUCUGCUGAUGUUUAAAAAUUAAAAUUUUUUUUAAUAAUUUUUAAAUAUUUAUAUUUUUUAUUUGUUUUCCUUUACUAUUUUUUUUAUUUUUUUUCUCUAACCAAUGAACAAAUAAAAAUUUUUUCUGUGUGUAUACAAUUAAUUUAUUCCCUUUCUCUAUAUAAACCAACUAAUUGUCCAUUGAUUGCCUUUUCCCCUCUUAAAUUAAUAAAUUUAUUUUUCUUCCCUUUUUUCAU